GUUUUGCUCAGAACUGUUCAUCUACCAAAGUGGUCCACGCUCCGUCUGCACAGACCGUGACGUUACGCGCUUGAAAGCGCCUUGUUGUUUGGAGCCAGGUAGCAACCACCUGUAAGGAAGUGGUGUCAGUGACAAAAGCACAAAGGAGCCGUGUUGUUGCUUGGUGUUCAUUUGCUAGAUUCAUACUGCUGAGAAAUAAUUUAAAAAGUCAUGAUGCAAGCCAAAUCAAAGUUGCGGUUCUUCUUGGGGCUAAUUGAUUUGGAAGACUUCUUGAAAGAGCCUCCUUUUGGCUUUACAGUGGAAAAACGAGCGUCGGGAUGCAGAUUUGUAAAAUAUGACCCAGAGACCUGCUGUGUGUUUAUUGAAGACGUACAAACUGCGACGGGGAAAGUUGUUUUUCAGCAUUCAGCCGGAAGGGCAGUCAAGGUACGAACGUUGAGAGAUUACACGCAUCUGAGAAAAAGACUGACAUCGAAACUUAUUUUCCUGCUGGUUUCGGCAUGCGAGAACAAUGCAGCAUUGUCUGGGAAGAAGGCAAAAAAGAAGUCAAAAGCAGUACUCAAACAGUUCAUUGUGGUCAUUAAUGGCAGCAACUCGAUCAUCAAGUGGGAGAUGGAAAGAGGGCUUGACCAGACUAUUUCAUCUGUGGCUGGGGAAAGCUACACGGUCAAAAUUGACGUGAAAGAUGCUUUGCAGAGAUGGAUGGACCAGGAGAAGUUUGCCAUCACGCUUGGGCACCAACGUUUUAAACCUGUUUGGAGGGAUACAUGGUUUGUUCUCAAAUACCACUCCGAUGCCCUGUUUGAUUUCCCAUUCUGGUUUGGGUUCAGCAAACGAAAAUUCACAAUCGAUGGAAAGGUUUCUCACCUCACAAUCAAAGACAAACAGGAAAGAUUUGCUGUAGAAGAACUCUUUGAUGCUUGUUUUUGCCCUGCUAGAUAAACAGCUACAGCAAUAGUGAUGUAUGGUUAAGUCUACGAUUUUGGCACUGCCAGUUUUGUACAUUUCAUUGGCGAGGUGCACCAAAAAAACAAGAAUUCACGGAAAGGUAAUGUAGUUUUAGCUACAUCAACAUACACAAGAGCUUUUAAAUAGUACACCAAAACCAAUAAUAUAUAAAGACUUGCUUUUGAUUACUGACAAGUUUAAACGUAACUUUAGAGUACUAAACUUACAGUACAUACUUCAGACUCCCCCCCCAUAAUUAGUGGUCAGAGUCGAGGGUCUCUGACUCGGAAGUCGGAAUUGCAUAUCUACAGUCUUGUGACGUGCGUCUUUUUUGGAAAGGCGUACAGCGUCAACCUUUUCACCUGUCAUUCUAAAAUAUAUCUUACUGUCACAAACACACGCGUCUCUCUAAUUAAUAUAUGAAAUUCUCCCUUUCGGGUUCUCUGUUGGUUGAGAGGAUGGAUGUAACAACAAAGUCGCUUCUGAUUUUUCUUUUUAAUCCUCUUGUAUAAGAAGUACAAACUUGGCACAUCUACUUAAGUCAAUUUAUCCAAUUCCGCAAAUGCAGUCUGUAUUUAAAGUAUGGACAACAGCUGUGACCGCUUCUGUGCAGUCAAAAGGGCUGCGACACAUGAUGCAUCCUUCGUACAGCAAAUAGUGAAGCUACACAGCUACGGAUACUCGCAGAUUUGUAUUUUCAGUGCAAACUAUUCAAAUUCAUGAUUCUCGAUUUCCACGACCUCCGUGAGAUUAUUUAUAGUUGAUGAAAAUGGUGUUUUGGCAUUGUGAUGGUGAACCAUCACUGUACAUUUUCAGUCUGUCUAUAGAGACCUGUAAAUGCUGCAAAUGAAAACUUACCUAUGUGCUUUGGGUUUCACAUACAAUUCAAGAAUUUACAUGACAAAAUAUAAAAAAGAGACACAUGUUUGAUUUAAUUGUAAUAAUGAAUAAACUAUAUUCAAUAAAUUCUAAA